UUCUUCCUGGAUGGAUCUGGAGGUACCAGAGCCACAAGUUCUGAUGUUUUUAAAAGGACCAGCCUGGGAAAUAAGGUUCAUUUGAGAGCUGAGACAUUCACCUUGACUCUAGUAGAAGUCCAACAGCCAAUCCCCUUUUGGCUCCAACUGGGCAACAUGAAGACUGGUGUGUCCCUGAUAGUGGCCAUGCUCUGCGGCCUGGCCUGGGCUGGAAAGAUGGAGUCAUGUGCAUUCUGCUGUAAUGAGAAACUUAACCGGAAGGCUGAGUGCCAGAGUGACCGCCGGUGUCUCCAGCAUGGGGACUGCUGUGAGGACUGCGAGCACCUGUGUACCACUGAAGGAGACCCCAAAGAGCCAGAGCUGUUCCUGGACGUGGAGGGAGAGGCCGAGGGGGCCCCUGCCAGCAACCUGUAUGUGGCACCCAACUCCUGCCAGGGCCGCUGCCGGGAAGCCUUUGACAAGCACCACCCCUGUCACUGCAACUCCCGCUGCUGGGAGUUUGGGAACUGCUGCGCGGACUUUGAGAGCCUGUGUGGCCACGAGGGCUUCUCCCACAGCAGGGACGCCAUCACCGAGGAGAAGCUGCAGAGUGUGUCUGAGAAGAUCUACAGGGCAGAUACGAACAAAGCCCAGAAGGAGGACAUCACCCUCAAUAGCCAAAAAUGUAUCUUGCCCUCGGAGACGGGAGACCAAGUGGACCGCUGCCCAGAGCCGCUCUUCACAUAUGUCAAUGAGAAGCUGUUCUCCAAGCCGACCUACGCAGCCUUCAUCAACCUCCUCAACAACUACCAGAGAGCGACAGGCCGUGGGGAGCACUUCAGUGCCCAGCAGCUGGCUGAGCAGGACACUUUCCUCAGAGAGGUCAUGAAGACAGCUGUCAUGGCAGAACUCUACAGCUUCCUCCGCCACCAGAAUCGCUACAGCUCAGAACAGGAGUUCUUCAGUGACUUGAAGAACAUGUGGUUCGGACUCUAUUCAAGAGGUGAUAACAAGGCGGAUUCCAGUGGCUUUGAACAUGUCUUCUCAGGUGAAGUAAAGAAAGGAAAGGUUACUGGCUUCCAUAACUGGAUCCGCUUCUACAUGCAGGAGAAGGAGGGACUGGUUGACUACUAUAGUUACAUCUAUGAUGGGCCUUGGGACUCCUAUCCAGACGUGCUAGCCAUGCAGUUCAACUGGGACGGCUAUUAUAAGGAAGUGGGCUCAGCUUUCAUCGGCAGCAGCCCUGAGUUUGAGUUUGCACUCUACUCCCUGUGUUUCAUCGCCAGGCCUGGCAAAGUGUGCCAUUUAAGCCUGGGUGGAUAUCCCCUGGCCAUCCAGACAUUCGGUUGGGACAAAUCCACCUAUGGAAACGGCAAGAAGUACAUUGCCACAGCCUAUGUGGUAUCUUCCACCCACUAGAGAUUGGAACCAGAUAGGGGCAUGAGGGCAGAUAGUACGUCUUGCAGGAAUGAGGUAUUAUCUGCUCUGAGCUGGGUGGGGAUGUGUGUGGAGCCUGGGAUUCCUGAACCCAGAAAUACCCAUAUGGGUGAGAGAGAAAAGAUACAAAUAAGAAAAAUGCAGAAAAUAGUCAAAUACUUUUUUUCUAGCAUUUUGGAAACAAUCCAGACAGAGAAGGUGGGAGCCUUGAUAGUUCUUUGACCAGAUGGAAGGUGGAACCAUGGGCAAGUCCUUGACCUUUCUGGGCCUCAUGUUUUCCUUUUAAUGUAAAGGGAAGAGGUUUGUCCAUUUCCUCUUCUUUUGGGUUGGUGAAAAGGCAAACCUGAUGAUAUUAUUACUGUGAAGGUGUUUUUAAUUGUUCUUAGGAAGAAAGGCUGCUAGACAAUCAAGAUUACUAUAAUGGCUAUUAUUACUGCAAACUGCAAUUCAGUCCUAUAUUUGGGCCCCAGAGAAAUCAGGCCAUAGAAAUCAAGUACUGGGUAUUUGGUCUUUCUGUGGUUAGUUACUCUCCAAACAGGGUCUGGGAGAAUUCUGAUGCUGGAUAGAGAGGGAAAUGGGUUGGCACAGUGAGGGGGAUCAGGGGAGUGGACUUCUCCAGGCCUGAGUGUUCUUGCACCCCCAGCUUGGUAACUGCAUCAAAAACCUCCAGUCAUAGAUGUUUAGUGUAGUUACAGAGCUGUAUUUUGUUCCCAAAUAAUUUAUGAAAGAGCUCCUCAAGAUGAAAGAUUUUGCAUCAAAAGAAGGGAACCUAUAGCUCAGUGCCUUUAACAUAAUUAUUUUAAGGCUUAUCUAGCAGCCAUAAUUUGCAUAAACUCUAAUAUGGAAGAUCAGGGAGAGUGGGGCUCCCUACUUCAACCUCAAUUAUGAAUUUCUCCCCUGACCUCAUGCGUCCCACAGAGCCAGGCUUGAACUAUGGUUUGGAAGGUUCAAGUCUCAAACCCAAGUCAUUUAAGAAAACUUGAAAUGUGUCUUUUCUCUGUAUAUAGCCCUCAGCUAUCUGUUUCCCUGCCUUUCCCCAGAGCAGGGCUGGAAAGGAUGCUUCUGGUGUUAGUGUCUCCUCAGAAUGCCUGGAGAACGUGGUAUCCCAAAGUCCCUGAGGACUCAUAAGCAUAUCUAGCCAAGAGGGGAAAAGACUUCUUCCUCGUGGACUUGUAAUCUGAAGAAUGUAAGAAGUGUACUUUGGGCUUCUGGUUCCACACAUAAGGAGCUUGGAAGUCCUUACCAUAUCCUAAUAACAAAUAAAAAACUGAACAGACUAAAAAA